GAGAAACAGUUUGUUAGAGUUACAGGUCGUGCAACCAUUCGCAGUCUUGCAACAUUCCUUCAGAGAAAGUUACACAUUGAUGAUAAUCACAAGGUUGAUGUUUAUUGCCCUUGUCAGUCCGGCUUUGUCUACCUUAAUAACAGUCAUACACUAAAAGCUGUCAAAGAUUUGUACAGUCAUGACAAGGAUAUUCUACACCUGAAUUAUGACAUCAGUUCCCUAUGA